CCGGCGAGUGGACCAGCGAACGAAUAAUAUGAACGCUUUGGAAGACUAUUUGAAUGCUCUGAGUUUGAAUGGUACAAACACGCCGAGAUCGAGAUACUUUGUUAAUAGGAGUCCAUCAGCACUUAACAAGAGGAGUUAUAGAAGACUAGGAAGGGCUGGAUCAUAUAGUGGAUCGAGGAUAAACAAUGCUUUCAUGGCGAAGAUCGAGGAUGAGAGGGCACGGGUUCAGUGCCAACCUCGCGACCGUGUGGUGGACUCUUACGAAGAGUUAGGCAUCCCCAGAGGGUAUGGCGACUUCCUGUUACCGGAGUGCAUUGUGGUCCGUCGUUGCAAGCAAGGAGGAUGCUGCGGGGACGACCAAGAAUGCGUGCCGUCAAGGACGACAAAUGUCACCAUGAAUUUCUUACAAGUGAGACAGCAGAUCCCCAUCGAGAUCGUCCACGAAACCGUACACGACCUGGAGUGCGAGUGCCAGGACAAGCCAUCCUUCUGCCCCGAACCGGUCGUCGACUGCCCCGAUGACAAGGUGUGGUCCUACAGCGAAUGCACCUGCAAGUGCCGCAACAGGUGUCCCAAGCCGUUCUUGCAGGACGAGGACACCUGCGGCUGCGAUUGCCUGAGCCAGGACCGACAUUGCAAGAACAUCUACAAGGGAAGGCGGAACGGGAAACUGUCGCAGGAAGAAUGCGAUUGUGUUCGGAAAGGUCUGUGCGGCAAGCCACCAUGUAUCAACGGAGCAUUCUCAAUAUCCGACUGUAAAUGCAUUAAUUCAAAUAGCUGAGAGGAGUUCCUCGAGUUCCUGGAUAUCAACCGAUUAGAACAGUUCACUUCAAGUUUAGAGAGACAAGACUCUUAAUAUUUAUGCUGAAACGUGGGUGUAAAAAAGGUGAAAGUGUCUGCAAAUCUUGAAAUAAUGCAACACAACGAAGUUCGCCUACUCAAGAAAAUUGACAAGUACCGCACGCAGAGCCGCGGCGGCGGUUAGUCUUGCUUCUGAAAUGUCCUGUAUUUGGCCGUAAGUGGCGUGCUUGCUAAACUAAGGACGGAGAGGGAAGACUUUCAGAAAUUGGAUUGAGAUCUUUUCGACGUCACAAGAAUUUCAACGCCAACGUUGUAUCGUAUGUUCGGACUUCGGAGAUUGUCGAUGGACGGAGUGUCAUACCAAAUAAACAUUUCUUGAUCAACCUAUAUAUUUAAAUCAUGAGUUUUGUUUUUAUAUUACUGUAUUCAAAAUCAUUUUUGAUUCGCUGCCGUGUAUUAAACGUUAAACAAUCUGGUGUAUGUAGUUGUUUUUUACAUAUAUGGAAAACAAAAUGAUGUAUAUAUUAUGGUAAAUGUAUCAUAUAUUAAAUAUAACUAUUUAAUCACCUUUUAUUGAGCGCAUAGCAACGUAUCUAAUGAUAUACAAUGUAUAACUUCACGUAUUAGCAGUGAAGUGAGUCACAAUUCAAUUUCGAUUUAUUUUUGUUGUUGUAGAGAACACCAUAGUCCUUGAUAUGUAAAUGAAAUGUUAUGGCGACAAUAGUCAAAUAUGACUAAUCGCCACUCAAACCAACAUAAGAAGAAGAAGUUAAUGAAAUCAGAAAAAAUUCAAAUAAUGAAUAAAUGUCCACAUUGUUUGCGAUAAAGUAAUAUUAGAUUAUUUGAAAUUUUGUUAUAUUAAUGAUACAAUCCAUAUCGUUAGAUUGUGAAGUUGCUGACCAAAAUCCAUGUCCUCUAAAAAAUGGCAAUGACAGACUGAAAUAAACGACUAUUUUUUUCCAGACAUUUAUAAAAAAAUAUUUGUAUAUGGAUUUUAAAACUACUGUAUCGACUAUCGAGCUAAGACGACACUAGUCACUUUUUACAGUUGGAAAGUUCAUGUAUACGUAUUGAAUCCGCCGCGCACCACACACGAUCCGAUUGCGAUUUGAAUACCACCUGAAUGCGAUCCAACUGCGGUCAGAUUUUUUUGGAACAAAUGGUAUUUUUAAAUCAAAUUUGAAAUCUCUUAAAAUCAAAUGACCUUAUUCAAUUCAUUAUUUAUAAUAGAUAUGGAUACUGAUCUAAAUUAGAACAAGAAGCCUUAUCUAUAGAAUUGAUAACAUGUAUCGGUUUCAUAUCGCAGUUGGUCGCAGGAUGGCUAUACUAUUUUAAAAUCGACCCUGCAGUUAUUCAGUAAAAAAUAAGGAAGGUCACAAUAGAAAUGAUUUUCGUUACAGCAUAUUAUAUAAUGAAUGCUCAUGUUUGAGUCUUGCUGUCAUUUUUGACACAUUUUCCACCAAAAUUGGAGGCAAGUGGCUCGUUUCUAUGGGCUCUUAUUAUUAGUAUAUAAACAUGAUAAAAUGAUAAGUCAACACCAAAACUUGAUUGAUAAUCGUGUCUAAAUUAUGGGUGCUAUAUAAUAUGUAUAUAAACACUACCAGUUUUAUCCUUAUCAUGUAUAUUAUGGGUCUAUUUAUGAUAUUUUCGUUUUUAUCUACAUUCUAUAGCCGAUACAUAAAUGUGAAAUAUGAAAUAGAUGAAGAAAUUGAUUCAGUCGAAGGUUGAUUUAUAUGCUAUUAAAUAAUAGAAAAAUCACAACUAUAGAAAUUCUAGAACACCUUUGUGGAGUGUUUGUUUGCAAUAAUUUGAACGGUUUGAAGAAAACUCACAAUUGGCCAUGCCCGGGCAUUGCUUUAGAUAUUAAAAACGAUGAUUUAAAAGUGCUUCGUAUAGAAGAUAAUAAUAGAUGCAUCGACGAGCAUUUACUAUAUUCAUUAAAUUUACAAAGUUUUAACUAGAUAAAUAAUAAAAAAUAUCAGCAUACUGUAAGAGUACUGUUGGCAUUAAAAUGCUGCAGACUAUUAUUAUUAGUGCAUGAAUUUAUUGAUGUUCAAAAUAAAAAACAUCUUUAUGGAUAUUAUGAUCUGAAUAUUCAUAACGUAUUUGUGCGUAUAUUAUCAGUAAUCACUAUGCAUAUUGGUCUUUUGAAUAUAAAUUGUGUAUGAUGAACGAGAUUGUAUUUAGUACUUUGAAAACUGCACCUGUAUCGAAAUAGCCAUUUUAUUUUUGUAUGCUUAUAAUCCCCUGUUGUUCUAGAUUAAUAUCAAGUACAUUUUACUACUUUCUGUUUCGUCGGGGUUCUGAGAAUGAGAAUAUCAGCAGAGUACUUUACACGAUUACGUAAUUAACCAUGUAAUAUCAGAUUAGAGAACUUGUGAUAAUUUAAAGGACCCUUCUGAUAUUCAGAUUCAUAAGAAAGAUUUAUUUGUAUCCAUUUCAAACCAUGCGCUGUCAAGCAUGUGGUUAUAAUUAUAGUGGGUAAAUCUCAGCAGUUGUGCCGCGUACGAGCAUCGUCUGUCAAUGAACAAUGACUGGUCAUAUUUCUUUCUUCAUCUUUAUUCUAAUAGCGCUUAUUUCUUAAAGCAAUUUAACCAAGAAGGUUUGAAUCUAUUCUUCGACUCCGAUCAUUUCGGAUGUCUAUUCAUGUCGGAGCCUUUUCUUUGGUCAUCAAAGCGAUCCGACAUCAAUAUUAUUUUAAUAUUUCAAAAGCACCUCGCAGAUACUUACACUCCUUCACCUAAAUUCCCAACAUUCCUAAAGUAAGAUACCACUCUCAGUAGCGAGUGGCAAUAAAACGGAUAAGAGCAGUCCAGGGCUUCGUAACGCAAACGUUUGCGCUCAUUUGAAACACUAUUUCUGAUUGGUUACUGGUCAGUCUUUUGAAUGAAUUCCCAAUGCAACAACGAUUUUGAUUGGUCAAUAUAAGUUUUUCUGUGACUUGCUACUACUUUGCUUUUGUGAACCCCUGAUGGCUUUAUUCCAAGAAAGCCUAACGCUAUUUGAUCUCAUCCUAUUGGUCUAAAACCCACUUUAAGCAAUUGUCAUUUUGUCUAAUAAUCGAAUUAUAAUUGCAAUUUCCUCUAUCAUAUUUCCAGUUUUGCCUAAUGGCCAUUUGGUCUAAUGAGAUAGACAUUACAUAAGGGUGUUAAGACAUUACAUAAGGCCAAUUGGAAAUCAUAUUGAAUGCGUAAAUGGGAAUUAUUCGAAAUGAUAAAAAGAUGUGGGUAGCAGAUAAAAUAGAUGAACUGCAUGGUUUAAUAUUGAGGUAAUAAGAUUAGACCAAGUGGAUGAAACCGAACAAACAUUGGACAAAGUUGGUUUACACCAACUGCCAAUCCUUCCACAAGAAAAUUGCCCAUAAACGAACAACUUGAAUCUUUAUCACAUUGUAUAUCUAGUCUCAAGACUAUUAGAUGGGCCAUUACACCUCCUAUACAGUGGUGUAAUGAGGAAAAAUGUUGAGGGGCUAGACAUGUCGUGUCGUAAAAAAGUUGCGCGUGAGCAAACAUUUUGACAUUUUUAAUACAGGAAUCCAAUUUUGUGAUAGAUUUAACAUAAUAUUCAGACAAUAUUAUCAUAUUUUACCCUUCUCUCUUUCCUUUUCCUUUUUUUGUUGGUAGUUAAACAUUUUCUCGUGAAAUGUGCUAUCAAUAUCACCAUCAUAUUUAUAUUUCCAUCUAAAUAAACACAGUUGAAACGUUUGGAUACAAUCAUAUUUCAUCCGAAACGCGAAAUGCUUAUGCUGCAUUUGUUAAUACAUGCGUGAAUCAGACACAGGCAAUGGAAAUUGAUUGAUAAAUUUUGUAUUUUUUUAUUUCUAGGCCCCAAAUCGGUCAAACGUUUACUUGCACCCGAAAAUAUUUCCCUCAAAAUACGAUUAUGUGAUCAUUUUUUAAUUAUAUAGGUAACCGUGUCAUUGUUUUAGUGUCCUGCCACUGUGAAAAUGUGGGAAAUAUUUUUUUUCAAGGAAGGAGUGUCCUUACUAAUUUUGAAAUCGUGAUUGUAGGUCAACUUUUUAUCUUCCGAUGCGUAAAGUAAACCGAUUAUCAGUACUGUUUGCAUGUUUAUUCAAUAUGUAGAUUGUUUUAGUGUAUUCUUAUGUCAAGUAUGUUCAUUACAAAACAUCAUAAAAUGAUGUUGAUCUCAUAUCUAAUCGUGUAUUUAAUUGGAAAAGGAUGUAUUGUGUUAGUCCUCUCAGUGCAUAUAGACCCAGGCUGCGAAAAAUAAAUGAUUUAUGGUAGGUAAGGUGUCCCAGCUUAUGCGUACCUGUGAUAACAAUCCAAAAUUCAUAUCAAACGUUUGUUUUAAAAAGGAUUUUAUUGGGGUUAUGUCCCGUAGUCUUAUUUCAUCGUUCAUUCAUUAUAAAAUCAUUAAAAUAUAUGCUGGUCUGUAUUCCUUAAUGAUCCCAUCAUGCAUUGCGUGUAAACAAUAAUUAUUGAAUGUCACAGUCCAAAGGUGCGCUUCGUGGUAAAAUUAAAUAUUUUAAGUCAGUA